AUGAUAUUUCAAAAACGACCGGUUGAUUUGAAUGAAUUUGAAUCUAAUGAACGUUUGUUCUAUGAACAAUGCACCCCGUAUGCUUUCUCUCAAGUGAGAAAACAACUCAGCCUUGUUCCAAAGGUGGGAAAAUUUACCGAGCAGCCAUGUGGUGUCCACACUGUCACCACCAGUACAGGUGAUCAUUCCGUGACACCAACAUCGUGUCAAUGUAGCUUUGCAACAUCAAUGAAGUUGCCUUGCCGUCACAUGCUAGCCCUUAGAGGUAGUCUGGGACUACAGUUAUUUAGCCCUGAUCUCUGCGACAAAAGAUGGACAAAGUCGUACUUUUAUAAUUCUCAUCGGGUGUUUCGCCUCGGUGUGGAAGCAAUCAAUGAACAUAACAACACACAUCAUUCUGAUGACUUUAUUUCUGUAACCAUUCAAGAAUCGAGGCCCGCGGGGAAAAAGAUUUUAUCGCAACACGAGAAGUAUAGAAAAGCCUUUUCCAUUGCUCAAAAAAUCGCAACUGUUGCAAGCGAGGCUUCAGGAAAACAAUUCGAUGAGCGUCUUGCAUGCCUUAAAAAGUUAUUGGGUUCAUGGCAAGAAAGUGAGGAGGUUAAAAUAGAAAUAAGUCAAGAAAAGAACGAACCUUCGAUUCAUGAGUUUAAAGAGACCCUAAUUGAAAGCAAGCCCCCUGAAUGUACGCAAAUUGAGACUGAAUCUGACCAACAUAUGCCCCAAGAUAAGGAAAUUGGGAGCGAAUCUAGUCAACGUAUACCUCGAGAUAAAGCAGAAGGUAAUAAUAGUAAUAACUAAUAUCAGGGGGGGGGUUAGGGGGGUUAUAUUACUACCAAUGCCUUCCUUGAUUUAUAUUAUGCAUACCAGUAUAAAAUGUUACCCUAUUUGAUUAAUAAAUGCAAUAACGCUAAUCAUAUACCGUAUUACCGUUUUCAACGUUUAUCUUUCACUACUUUCAGUCGACGUUGUUAAGGAAGUCAAACUGCCACCAAAGAUGAAAGUUCGGGGAAGGCCCAAAGGGGCAGAUAUGACAGCAAUUGGGCUUCCAAAAAGACGAAAGCUCAAUAGUAAAAGACCAACUUUGUUGAUCAACAAAUCUCCAACAGAUAAGGCAGAAUGUGAGUAUCAUAUGUACUAUUUAAAGCACACGUAGGAGUGUUUUAUCACAUAUAAAACACGACGCGUAGCGGAGUGUUUUAUAUGUGAUACAACACGACUACAAGUGCUUUAAAUGGCUUCAAAAACGACUCAUCUUAUUCGAGUUCAUUGGCGAAGUAAUUUUUAAAAUAAACUUUGUCUAAACCGAGAAAAUCAAAGCUAAAGUUUAUGUAAAUUAACAUGAUUUUUUAUCACAUACAAAACCACGACACGCUUAUGAUUUUUCUUUGUGUUUUCCUCCUGAAUUAUUGAGUUUUUGAAAGUCUUAUAAGAUGAGCAAACUAAGCCAGACUAUUAUUCACAUAAUUUUAUUCUCAGUUUUGAUUGGCUAAUUUUCCUGUAAACUACUGUGAAUAAUAAAUACGUCGGCUGCAAAAAAAUGCCCGAGGUCUUGAAAAAAGUAUUACUAAGUAUUGUUAGUAUUAUUAUUAAGUACCUCUAUUUUGUCUUUCAGUUAUUUUAGGAAUGGUGACAUCACAAAAGUUCAUUAGUAAAGCAUUGUCUGAUGAUUAUCUUAUUGAAGCAUGUGACAUAUUCCGAUUGGAAAAAAUCCCAAAGAAAAUCGUUGAUGAGAUAGUUAACGUUUACCGAGUCAAAAAGUACUUCUCAACUGACGGUUGGAAUACUAUGAGUCAUCUAUUAGAGAAGAUAGCAAAUGAAGUGGGCUGGCACUGCAAAACCUGCUUGCGGGAAUUGAACGAGAAAGAAGAGCAAAUAGGCUGUGACGUUUGCCUUGAAUGGUUCCAUUUGACGUGCACUGGGAAAUCUGUACCACCAAAAACAAAGUCCUGGAUUUGUAGGAGCUGUUGUAGAGACUAUGAAAACACUUGA